AUGGACUUCGUUUUCAAACUUCCACGUACUUCAAGAGGUUCAAUAGGGCAUGAAGGAAUUUGGAUGAUAGUUGACCAACUCACCAAAUCCGCCCACUUCCUACCUAUUAAAGAAACCUAUUCCUUGAUGAAACUGGCUAAGCUCUUUGUGGAUGAGAUAAUGAGAUUGCAUGGAGCGCCUGUGUCCAUUGUGUCGAAUAGGGAUGCUAGAUUUACAUCUCGCUUUUGGAAGUGUUUACAUAAGGCUAUGGGUACUAGGUUACGGACGAUUCAGACCUUGGAAGAUAUGUUGAGAUCUUGUGUGUUGCAGCUUAAGGAUGGUUGGGAUACUCAUCUUGCCUUGGUGGAGUUUGCGUAUAACAACAGUUAUCAUUCGAACAUUAAGAUGGCUCCGUAUGAUGUUUUGUAUGGAAGGCAGUGUAGAACUCCUAUUUGUUGGAAUGAGGUGGGUGACAGGAAAGUAGAAAAUGUAAAAUGUAUCUAA